CCGGUCCUGCGCCCAGAGUGGUGCAUUGUGGGAAACUCCUGAGCACUCCUCGGUAUCCGCAGCCGCCGCCCGCUGUCAUCCAGCCCGCGAAGCGAAUGCGCAGAGAGAAGCUGGAGGCCCAAAGGAAGACACCUGUAUAAUGCCCAGAGGUGAGCUGUCCUGAGACACUGUGACCCAGCCACCUGCCAGUCCCACAAGCCCCAAAGCCAGCUGACAGCACAAAUUGUCAUGGAGUCCCGAGGAAAAUCAGCCAGCAGCCCCAAGCCAGACACCAAGAUGCCUCAGGCCACAGCUGAGGCCAAGGCCACUCCAGCUGCUGAUGGGAAAGCCCCCUUGACCAAGCCUGUGAAGAAGGACACCCAAACAGAGAAGCAGGAGCAACCAGCAGCCCCUGGGCCAGCUACUACCAAGAAGACACCGGCCAAGGCAGACCCUGUACUUCUCAACAAUCACAGCAACCUGAAGCCAGCCCCCGCUGUGCCUGCAGCCCCCAGCAGUCCCGACGCAACGUCAGAGCCAAAGGGUCCUGGGGAUGGGGCAGAGGAGGAUGAGUCUAACACUGGAGGCCGAGGUCCCUGGCCUUGUGAGAACUUGACCCCUUUGCUAGUGGCUGGGGGUGUGGCUGUGGCCACCAUGGCCCUAAUUCUUGGUGUGGUCUUCCUAGCCCGGAAAAAAUGAUGCCUGGUGUCCAGGUGGGGGCACAGAGCCACUUUCUGUACAGACCUGAAUAUAUAGUGCAUGCAAGGUCCUAGAUACUUAUCUAUACAUACACACAUACAUCUCUCACACACACAAACACACACACAUGCGCGCGUAUAUGUAUGCUACAUACAUCCAUGCAGCAGGAGAGAGAGAGAGAGCGAGCCCAUCUCCACUGACCCCAGCACAUUCUCUCCCAAGUCGUGGAGCAAGAGUCCAGCUCUGCAGUUUUCAGGAAGCACUAGCAUGAGACAGAAGGGAUAGCCUGGACUAGACAUUUAGGAACAGAUGCUGGGUGUGGCCUCUGAAAGAUAAGUGGUGGAGUAGGCUAGCCCUGUGGGGAUAUUAAAGGGCAUGGCUGUUUUACUCUCCCCACUUCCCUUCUGUGCAGCUAGGGGCAGUCUGUCUGGGCCUGAUGCAGGGGGACUGACCUGAGGUGGGAAUUCAAAUCUGCAGAGCUACCUCCACCCACUGUCCCCUGUGCUGGCUGAGUGGAAAUGCAAAGCUUAACAGCUAAAUUUGGGGUGGGAUCCCCCCCUUCCCUUUUUCAAUAUGUGCCCCCGGAGAGCUCCUGAGGCUAGGACCACCUUACUCCAUGCCCAGAGCAGCAGUUGGGUUUUUUUUUGUUGUUGUUGUUGUUUUUUGUUUUUUGGGGUUUUUUUUGGUGG